CGUUAUUGCAUACCAUUUCUCGAUCAGGUGGCGACUAACAUUGGAAGACUAAUCACUGCAGCGCAGUAGAACUGAUCUCCGAAAAAAAGUUGUUUUUAGUUGUGAUAGAAAAACACCGGAUUGUUAAGUGUUUACCACGGCUCGAUAGUUUCCAUUAUUCAGGUACCUCGAUUUCGCGGUAGUACCUAGUCGCGAACGAACAUUCAAUUGGGUACUUUGUGCGCGAAAUUUUAUUAUACAUUUAUUGGUGAGGAAUAUGUCGUUUCAGUGACAACGGGAUCUGCUUAAGGAAAUAAAAAAUGGGUCGAGGUGGCUACCAUUCCAACAGAUUGGAGUUCCUCUCCGAUGAAACAAUCUUGCAAUACAACAGAAACGGAGGAUGUUUUGUUACUACCAAGAAGGCUAUUGCUUUUGUAGUUUUUGCCUUAGCAUCGCUGAUCACGGUGGUUCUUCUCAUGUACUACUAUGGACCAAAAACCGAAAGUCAAACAAUCAUAAUCGAAUCAAAUGACAUCGAGCAACUCCUCAAUGAUACAUUGAAUGAAGAAAAACCACAAGAAGAAUUGAGACUCCCCAAAUUCCUGUAUCCGAUUUACUACAGACUUCGAGUGUACCCUCUGUUGGACGAAAAUAACGAAAAUAAUUUUACUUUCACAGGACACGUCCAGAUCCAGGUGAACUGUACACAAACUACCGACAGAAUUGUACUGCACUGGGAUGAUUUGAAUAUAACGGACUCUAAUAUUCGGAUUUAUACAACAAAAUACGUAGAAAUAAAUGCAGAACCGUUGACGUCCAAUGAAACAAAAAUUGGAGUACACAAUAUAUCGCGGAGAGAAGUCGAAACCGAAAAACCAAUCAACCUGACACAGGCACUCGAAGAUGACAACUCCACAGAAGCCUCCGCCUCCCUAGCAAACACCCUCACCACUACAGCAAGCACCCCUACAAACGCUUCAAACAUUGAAGAAAUUGAAAUCGAAACCACCGAAUCACCCGUCGUGGAGCCUUCCACCGAAAAAAUAGUCAUUCAAACAGAGCAAGUGUAUUUGGGAGUGGAGAGCGUUAUCAGAGACAACAAACACCUGAAACUGAAGAUAUCUAUGAGUGACCCCCUUCUUUCAGGGGGGACAUAUACAAUUGACAUCAAAUAUUCCGGGGAUAUUCUGGACAACCUGGUGGGCUUGUAUAAGACGAGCUAUAAAGAUUUGUCCGGAAAUGAAAAAUGGUUGGCCACAACCCAUUUCCAACCGGUGUACGCUAGAAGAGUGUUUCCAUGUUUCGAUGAACCAAAUUUCAAGGCUCCCUUCGAAAUUAGCGUGGCAAGAAGAACGAACAUGACGGUUUUAUCCAAUAUGCCCUUGAAAGAAACAGAACCAAUUAACGGAACAUUAGACUGGGUGUGGGACCACUUCCAUGCAACUCCUCCAAUGUCGACUUACCUUGUCGGCUUCACCAUUAGCGACAUGAAGAGUAUUUCUCCCAACGCCACCAAUCUCGAUACAGUGAUCAAAGUUUGGGCGCCUGAAGGAGACCUUAGCAUGGCACAGUAUGCUCUGGACGUCACCCUGGAGGUGAUGGAGUUCAUGGAGGACUUUUUUGGAAUGAAAUAUCCGCUGCCUAAACUAGAUAUGUUAGCAGUUCCCAACUUUGGUAAGGCUGCCAUGGAAAAUUGGGGUUUGAUCUCCUUCAGAAAAUCGUCAAUUCUUUUCGACCCGAUGUCUAAUAGUAUAAAAACACGAAGUUUCAUAAUGGCUAAAAUUGCCCAUGAGCUGGCCCAUCAGUGGUUCGGGAAUCUCGUGACGAUGGAUUGGUGGUCAGACUUGUGGUUGAAUGAAGGAUUUGGGACUUUCAUAUCCGAAGUAGCAAUAACAAGUCUCAGACCCAAAUGGCACGCCUACAGCAGCGUCAAGAUUCGAGAUACUUACAAUACCCUCUACUACGACAGUCUAAAGUCAACGCACAGUAUUCAGACAGAGGUCUCCAAUAUCGCCCAAAUCGAGCAGAUGUUUGAUGCUAUUAUAUACCAGAAGGGAAGCAGUAUCCUGAAAAUGCUGAACUCCACCUUGACCCAGGAUGUCUUCAAAAGAGGAUUACAACAAUAUCUCAAAAAAUAUGCGUACCAAACUGCCACUCAGGAUGACCUCUGGUCUCUGUACACGACGGAAGCUCUAAAUCAAAGUCUGAUUCCCGAUACCGUCACGGUGAAGGCCCUCAUGAAUUCUUGGACUCUUCAAAGCGGUUAUCCCUUUGUAACAAUUUCCAGAGACUACGCAUCUGGAAUGGCAACGAUAAACCAAACAAAAAUGACUGAAGAUGCAAACAUCACGUCCGAUGAGUCGUGGUACAUACCCAUCACGUACCUUACUAAGGAAGGAAACGGAAAAGUGCAGCAGCUGUGGCUGGAAAACAUCAAGGAAACUAGUUUGGAUUUGAAAGCAGUAGGAAAUGACUCUUGGAUUCUGUUGAAUAUCGAUGAAACUGGUUUCUACAGGGUAAAUUACGACUCAGAAAACUGGAAACUCUUGAUUUACCAGCUACGAAGAAGCCCGGGUUCCAUACCAGUAGCUAACAGGGGUCAACUCAUCGACGAUGCCUUCCACCUGGCCGACGCCGGCUACAUCAACUACACUAUAGCCUUCGACCUGGUGAAAUACCUCUACAUAACAGAGCCCAAUUAUAUUCCCUGGUACAGUGCCCUCCGAAACAUGGAGGACCUCAGAGACAUCAUCAGCAACUAUGAGUACUCCGGACUGUACGACAAUUUCCUGCUGAAGCUCGUCAAACCGAUGUUCAACGAGCUGACGACCGAGCAGAGGGUUUACGACACCCAAAACGAGAAGUUGUUGAGGCUGCAUAUCGUUACGUCUGCCUGCAAGCUGCGGUACGGCAAAUGCAUCUCUUGGGCCAGGAACCAGUAUUUCGAGUGGAUGCAGCAAGACGAUCCCGAUUCCAUCAAUCCAAUAUCUGUAGACUACCGAUACAUAGCACAGUGCACCGCCAUCAAAUCGGGGGGACCUCUAGAAUGGGACUUUCUGUGGAAUAGGACCCUGUCUCCGAGCGUAUCCUCGAUAGACUUGCAAACAGCGUACCUUAGUUUGGGAUGUUCUUAUGACCCGUGGUUAAUUAACAGAUACUUGGAAUAUUCACUCAGUGGUAACAUUAGUCUAGAGUACGUUCCGUACGUUUGGCAGUCCAUCAGCCAUUCCGUUGGGGUAAGGACGGGCUUCCAGUUCCUUAGACUCAAUUGGGAUAGGAUCUACAAAGAGUACGAAGAAGUCUACUUGGUUUUAAGUUCCAUAUUCCACGAUUUCAUUGGUCAGUUGUCUACAGAAGCUGAUUUGGAAGAUCUGACUACUUUCUACAAGCUGCACCAAAACGAUCUAAAGUCAAUUGCCGGAGUUCUUCAGAGCACGGUUGAUAGGAUAAAAGUGAAGAUCAACUGGAAAACAAAACAUCUUGAUUCUGUCGUGAACUGGUUGCGAAGAAAUAGAUACUGAAUUGGCCGAAGAAUUUGUUAUCGAAAGUUGCCAUUUGGAACGAUUCUUCAUAUAUAUGGUCUAUUUGAUUUUUAUUCUUGAAACAAUAUGAAAACAUGAACUCAGUGCACGGUGGUGAUAUAUUCUAUUUUUGAUUCACUCGUUUUUUUUAACGUGAGUGGCAUUUGCAGCUAUUUUGUAUAUUUUUUAUUAGAGAACUGCUUUCAGCACGUUUAGCACCAUGGAGCAUUCAUGUAGCAUCCAUUCAUGUAACAAAUUGAAAAAUAAUUGACAAACUUUACAAAUUCAAAAUUGACCCACAAAUAGCAAAUUUUUCGAAAAAUACAAAAUUAUUGAAAUAAAGUGACUUGCUCAAUAUGAAUCACUAAUGAAAAAUUGUGAAGAUGUUUAGUCUUUGAAACAAUAGCAAAUGAAAUGAUUCUUUGCCUAUAACAAAAUAUCAGAGACAAUCUAAAUAACAACCAGAUUUUCAUCUGAAACAAUUCGAACAUGUCAGUUUUUUAUGAGCGCGUAAAUCAACUAACUUUUUUGCAGAUAUGCGAUUUGUUUAAUUUUCGAUAUUGUUAUUUAUAUAUAAUUCGUGAUGAAAGUGCACUUGACACAGUGGUGAUAAUAAUAGUAUUCAUAGUAUUUGUUAUUAACAUGAGAUUUUUUAUCUAUUUGUAUGUUGUGAAGUGUUAGAGGGUCUAUUCUAUGAAAGUUAUUGAAAUAUUCAUUUUUAUCUACUUCAUUCAUUGUUAUUCCCAAAUACUAUUUAUUUUCAAUCUACUUUCUUGAUGAACUCAUAGGGUUGACCUUAUAUAUACAUAUUUAUUGAAUAAAAUGAGAUUAUUAUUCUUAA